AAAGUGAUUAAGUAGUUUGUUGAAUUUCAAAAUGUUGAACUCAUUCCAUCUAAGAAACAAUAGUGAAAUUGAAGCCAAAUUCAUCCAGGAUCGAAUUCAGUUUGUCGAAAGAAAUUUGGGUGAAUUUUGUAACACAUUUGCACAAUAUUGUCGUAAAACAGCAAGACUUCGCGAUAAAGGUGAUGAAUUAGCUAAGAUUGUCCUAAAUUAUGCCGAAUCAGAAAAUAUAAAUAAAUCAUUAGCAAUGGGAUUAGAAAGCUUUGCGGAGCACCUAUCAACUAUUAGUGAUUAUGGCGACAGUAGAGUCCAGAUGUUAGAGGCCAAAAUUAUCAGUGAAUUUGCACGAUAUGAAGACAUUUGUAAACAUGCUAAAGAUGAAGUGAAAGACAUAUAUACUGCUAGAGAACGAGAAAUAAACAGAAAAAGGCAAUUAGACAGAAUCAAAGACAGAAAUCCCAGAAACAGGCAACAAAUUGUGCAAGCAGAAACUGAACUAGUAAAAGCUACAGCAGAAGUAUCAAAAACUAUACACAGUUUAGAAGAAAAGACCAAUAACUUUGAAAGACAAAAAUUACAUGAUAUAAAAUCAAUUCUACUCGACUUUAUAACUAUAGAGUUAGGAUAUCAUGCUAAAGUAAUAGAAAUUUUUACCAAAGCUUUUAAUGACAUAAAUCACAUAAAUGAGGAGUCAGAUCUAAAGGACUUUCAAAAAAUUAGAGGAAAAAUGGAAUCGGAAUUUAAAAAAUCACUGAGGAUGCCAGACACCAAUCCACAAAAAUCACCAGCCCGAAAAAGUUCUCUCUUUAGAUCGACAGGAUCUUUAGGUUCAAUAGGAGGGAUAUUUUCAACAACCCAACGAAACAAGAAUGUAGCUGGUAUUCCACAUUUAAGUGAAAGGUCUCAUUUUAAAAGUGAAGAAACAUUGGAUUCAAUGAAACAUAGUAUUUCAGAUAGUAAUGGCUCGGAAAGUCAGGAAGAAGAAAAUGAUACUUCCAGUAAUAUAAAUAAUUCAUCAAUAGUUAGAAAAAAAUUAUCUAACUAAACUUUACAACUUCAAGUAUUUUGUUACAAAUUCUUAGUUGUGUUAAAACACAGUAUGUAGAAUAAAGUUCAUGUAGUUAAAGUGAUGUGCAUGAUCUAAACUAAUAAAGUGUAUUUAUACCUUUUUAAUUUUUAUUUACCUACCAAUGACCUGCUUAAAUAAUUCAUAAUGGCCACCACAAAAUUAAACCAAUUUACAGUUCGUAUGAUAUUUGUCAAGAUAGAAUUCCAAAAGGACCUCUAGAGGUAGAAAGACAUUAGCAGCGUGGCUUUCACUAUAGCAGCUUGCAGUGCAUACUGUGUAUUGCAGUUAUGAAGGUGUGAAGGCGAACAAA